AUGUGGGAGGAGCCUGUGGGGUAUAUAAGCAGACGCUCCUGGCUGCAGCUGAACACAAGGCACCUGUUGCUACUGCUGCACAGAGUUCAGACGCAAAACCUGUCCACUGACUUGACCGAGUCGACUGACCGGCGCCUCUUUCAUCCAGCUCCACACAGAGCCACAAUGGACCGCUUCCAGAGCAAGAUGCUGGGUUUGUUCAUCAUCUGCAUGUCUCUACAAGAUGGCAGUGGACUCCCUUUAUCAGACCAGCAGGAAGCGCUUGUCUCAGAGUCACAUCUGCGCCACAUCAGGACCAAGCGCUGCUCCUGUAGCAACUGGGAAGACAGAGAGUGCAUCUACUUCUGCCACCUGGACAUCAUCUGGGUCAACACACCGAGCAAACUCCUUCCUUAUGGCUUGGGAAGUUCUGCGUCUCGCCGUCGCCGGUCAGCCAGCCGAUGUGAAUGCCGCGAUCCUGCAGAUAAAACCUGCCUUGGCUUUUGCCAUAAAAGUCCUGAGGACGGCAGGACGGAGGUCUCGCAAAAGGUUACUGACACAAACAAUCGCAGACUUCUUACAGCUUUGAGAUCUGUGGUCACGCUUAACAUGGCAAUCGCAAAAGGUAUUCAGUCAUCAAACUCUUCAGGAACCAAGAAGACCAAAACAAGAAGGUAAAGGAAUGACGAUCCGAGCAGCUCUCUGACGUAAUGGAUCCUACCUCCCAGAGGGGAACCAGAGACCCUGUGAGACUCCUCCAAACUCUUACUGACUCCAGAGCUCAAAGGGAUUCCCCUUCAUGUGGAAGCAGGAGUGCAGACAUGAAAGCAAAAGGGGGAAAAUGAAGACGUGUUUCAAACUUUGGGAGACUCCAUAGUUCUAAAUGAGGAACCCUGAAUGGAGGAACAAACAUGUGCGAAGAUGUAGUCGUUUUCUCCUCCAUGGACAAUAAUGUGCCAAAUCACAAUUUAUAUGUAGUCACUGGUCUCCCUCAAUCAGAGAUACCAAAAUGAUGUCAUUUCUGAAGGGUCAGAUAUUCAAGAAAGGUCAACAGCUCCAACAGGGACUGGGAAUUGGGGCUCAGUGGAUGAAACACCAACAUUGAUUCUCUGGAUAGACCUUGAAAUUGAGAACUGUGUCAUUUAUAUCCACCUAGAUUUUCUCUCUAUAUAUAUCUAUGUAUAUUUCAUCUGCAUUAUUUCAAACAUCCCUGCAGACCUUUGCUUCCAAACUCCUCUGUAUCAGAGGUGGAAACUGUUGUCCUGCUUGACCUUUAGGACAAACUUGCAAAUGUCUUUUGAAAUGAUAAAAUGAUGAAAUGUUGAAACCGGCAGCUAGCUCAGGCCUGGGUCACACAGCUGUGGUGAAGUGAAUGUCAUCUCUCUGGGUUCUUUUGAGGUUUGCCAGCUCCUUCCUGUUUGCUGAGCAGCGGCGAUGCUGCAGAUCUAUUGUGAUGGCUCAAGUGUUUGUUUUUAUGAGAGUAUAAGCCCGAAGGUUUGUCUGAAAAAAAAAAAAAAACCCAAACAAAAACAAAAGAACGCAUCAGUGUCCCAAUAAGAAUCCAUUUAUUCCUCUGUAAUUCAUCAGAGGAACAGUAGUUGGCGCUGCAACCUGCGACUGAAUGUGGAUUCGCUCCGUUUCAAUCACUGCCAAGCAGAAAACAUCUCAGCACUGAAUGUCAAGUUCAGUUUACAAACUUUUUUAAUACGAACACAGUAAUUGUAAAUAGAAUAAUUUAUUUAUUGCCUAACUUAUUGAGAAAUGUAUUUAUAUUUCUAUAAUUGAUGUCAAGAAUUUUGU